AGCUGAACUCAAACGGCUUGGGGAAGUCGCGGCCGAGCACACUUACGUGAAAAGCAAGUCAGAAUGCCUUCCAAGCACACGGGACAACAUACAGGAAUCGAUUCUCGGACAUCUGAAAGAUGCCAAGAACCGAUUUGUCUGGCUACGUGGAUCACCCGGUACCGGGAAGACGGCGAUAAGUAUGAGCAUUGCAUCCACGCUUGAGGGGGAAGGCACUCUUGCGGCCUCGUUCUUUUGGGACAAAAACCGAAAGGGAACAGGGUUAGAUUCUUUGGAGUUGUUCCCUUCUACCCUUGCACGCCAACUUGCGCUCUUCAGUGCGGACUUCAAAGUGUCACUCGUCAAAUGCCUCCGGCGGCCAGAAAUGAGACUGUUUCUGAAGCUCUCUCUGGAGAAGCAGAUGCGGACCCUGAUCAUUGAACCGAUGAAUAGUCUUAAGAGAGUGUUGUCUGGGGGCAGCCGACGCUAUGCUAUCAUCUUGGAUGGCUUGGAUGAGUGCGGGGGUCCAGCGGAUCUCGAUUCCCUGAUGGAGCUCGUGCUUCUACUUUGCGAGCUGCCCUUGCCCUUUGCUGUACUCGUUAGCUGCCGGCCGGAGUCUACAGUCCUCUCGACUUGGACUAGAGUGCAAGAUCAGGGUCUUAUGAUCCCCUGCGAAGAUGUGGAUCGGAUUGAACGGGACACUUUCCACACCAUCCGUCGCAUGGUGGACGAAGGAUUUCACGGUUUUAUCGAGGACUCCCUGUGGAAACCAUCCGAUGAAGAUCUUGAUAUCUUUGCGAGAGGUUGUCGUGGAUUGCCCAUUAUGGCUUCAAUCCGAAUACGUGAUGCGCAGUUCCAGAUUCGGUACUAUGGUUCGACUCUUAAAUCGGAGUUCGAAUAUUUCCGUAAUCUUAAUGAAGCACCUAUGGAUCUGAAGUCGGAGUACUUGCGAAUCAUGCGACGAGCCUACAUGCCGAACUCCUCCAGUAUUCGUCCACAUGUGGCCAAGAACUAUCGCGAAGUAGUCGAGAUACUUGUUGCCGCAACCUGGAGUGACUUUGACAUUGACGACAUAUCGCGACUGCUAGGGAUUGCUGAGGAUGAAGUGCGCUCAGUACUAAAACCUAUCAGCUCGAUUGUUGAUCUUUCCUCAGACAACGAGCAGAUUGUCAAGUUCUACCAUGCGACGGCAAAGGAGUUCAUUACAGGAGAUCCCAUCGGUGAGGAACAGGAUAAAGUCUUCUUUAUUCGUGAUGUAAAGGGGUAUAGCAUUGGGUUGCGACUUCUUCAAUUUGUAAAUGAUGUCAUUCAGAAGAAUGAGUUUGGCAUCCCCACUGAGCUUCCUUUGGGAGAUAAAAAGAAGUGGCAGCUCUUUCAGAGCAAACAGAUACCUAGAGUUGUCGGAAAUGUGCUUAGGCACUUAUUCUUUCACUUGGACCCUUCGCUGCUCUUUUCACAAGACUUUAAUGAAUUGCAAAACGAGUUUGAACAACUUCUUACAACAAACUUACUCUCAUUCUUGUCAGGGAAUAAUGGCUCAUUGGCAUGGCCAACAUCUCAGACCAACCGUUUAUUGGUAGAAUGGAAGUCGAGUGUACAUGUGAGUUCUAAAUCGCUUGUAUUUCCUGUGUUUCGGUUAUAUGACAUCAUUCUUUGCGUUACAGAACCACAAAUCAAUAGCGCUGGUAGAGGAGGCGUUCAUUCUUGCAAGGAGGUUGAGUCUCUACCCUGAUCCUCGGCAUGUUUAUCGAUCAGGCCUUCCAUUCACUCCGUCGUCAUCACGCCUCUAUGAAUUCUAUGGUCAUCUCUCAGAUCCCGUUCGAGUCUUCAGUGUAUCUGGCGAGUUUUCUGGUGGCUUUAUUCCUUUGAGCGAGGAUGCACGUGUGGCUCAAGAGGUCAUGGAGGCAACACUAACUGGGCUGCCAAAGAAGUUCCAUGAACGUGGCCGGGAAGAAACUAAUUACGAAGCCGAGUUCGCUGAACAUGUUGUUCGCAACGGAAUCGUGACC